GAUAUCCAUACAUUUCCCUAUUCCUAUUUCUGUGUCCAUAUUUAUUCUCUUCUAGUAUUAGUUUACGUCCUUCAUACCUAAUGUUUGCAAACAUAAUUUUAUUAGCAGCAGUGUUGCCAGUUUUUCUUGCACAUGCUCAAGGGAGCUUCACAACUUGGUCACCACCUGGUCCAGGUGAUGUUCGUUCUCCAUGUCCUGCGAUGAAUUCCCUCGCCAAUCAUGGAUUUCUCCCGCACGAUGGAAAAGGGAUCACGGUCCCUGAUGUUAUCACCGCGUUAGAUGCUGCUCUGAAGUAUGAUUUCUCUUUGUCACAUCAAGCUUUACCCAUUGUAUCUUAACCGUGCUGUAAAUCUAACCCCUAAUUUAGCGUGGGUGCCGAUUUUGCCACUGCCAUUGGCAGCGCCGGUCUGCUGUCAGUCCAAGGCAAUCUCCUCGCUACAUCCUUCAACCUCGAUGAUCUAAACGAACACAACUUCCCCAUCGAACACGACGGAUCACUUUCCCGCGCCGACUAUUACUCUUCUCCAAACCACGAUGACUAUUCAUUCAACCAAACAAUCUUUGACCAAUUCCUCUCAUUCUUCACUUCUCCCGAAACAUCCAUCCCCGUCGCUGCAGCCGCCAAAUACGCACGUGUGAAAUAUGAAGAAGAGCAUGAUCCGCACUUUUCAUACUCGGCUCAGCAUUUUGUACUGAGCUAUGGAGAGACGGCGUUGUAUUUGAGUACGCUGGGGGAUCCGGUGGAGGGCGUGGCGGAUGUAGAGUGGGUGAGGGUGUUUUUUGAGGAGGAACGGUUACCGUAUCGGGAGGGCUGGAGAAGAGGGAGCGUUCAAACGAAUCUGCCGAGCUUGGCGGGGAUGAUCGCCCGGUUGAUAUUGGCUAAUGAGGAUGUGUUGCCAGAGGGCUUGGAGGUGACGGCCCAGACGGUGGGGAUUGCUUUUGGGGGAUACAAUCCGGCGACGGGGGUGUUGAAUCAUGUGAUUGGGUGAUUGCUCUGAAAUGGAAGAGGUUGUCAAUAUUUUUUUUGGCGUUUUGAAUCCAAAUCGUACUGUCCUUUUGGUUGAAUUGGGCCUCGAAAAUAUCUAAUUGCAAAACAGCUUUGGCUAACGGUACAAAGUAUUCUUGUUGAUAUUUGUUCUUAGAGCAUAUUGAUAAUUACAAUUGUAGCUCCAAUGGCAAUAAGAUCUUAUUACUGCUGCCA